AUGAUGCAAGACUCCACCACUGAAACGGUGGGACCAGCCAAUCAAAAUGGAAGUGCAAACAUGGAUGGCGUACUACAGGAGGGAACGCCUAAAAGUGCCACACCUUUGGUGGACGUGACGGCUGCAGACCUCCUGCAUCUCCAGCAGCACCAGGCCUUCCAAGUCGCUCGGCAGAUUCUCCUCCAGCAGCAGCAGUCUCAGGUGCAGCUGCAGACUCGACUGAACCCUGGGCGCAAAUCUCCCAAACUCAGUGACAAGCAGCAGAGCCAGCUACAGGUUCCAGUGUCAGUGGCUAUGAUGACACCUCAAGUGAUAACUCCACAGCAAAUGCAGCAGAUUCUUCAGCAGCAAGUCCUGAGCCCUCAGCAGCUCCAGGUCCUCCUCCAGCAGCAGCAGGCCCUCAUGCUACAGCAGCAGCAACUUCAAGAGUUUUACAAAAAGCAGCAGGAACAGCUCCAUCUCCAGCUCCUCCAGCAGCAGCAACAUGCAGGCAGUAAGCAGAGCAAAGAGCAGGUGUCACCGCAGCAGUUGGCCUUCCAGCAGCAGCUCCUACAGGUCCAGCAGGUUCAGCAGCAACAUCUCCUCAACCUUCAGAGACAAGGGCUGCUCACCAUCCAGCCAGGACAGACCAGCCUGCCGCUGCACUCGCUCACUCAGGGCAUGAUUCCAGCAGAGCUCCAGCAACUGUGGAAAGAGGUGACGAAUGCCCACGUAAAGGAGGAGCACAACAAUGGCAGCAGCAACAAUGGCCACCGGGGCCUCGACUUGUCUUCCUCGGCGGCACCAAAGAACCCGGUCCUCAACCAGCAUGCUGCCACCAACGGCCAGUACAUGAGUCACAAAAGAGAUGGGUCGGUGCUGGAGGAGCCAUCCCCCCACAGUCACCCUCUCUACGGCCAUGGCGUCUGCAAGUGGCCCGGGUGCGAGGCUGUUUUUGAUGAUUUCCAGUCAUUCCUCAAGCAUCUCAACAACGAGCAUGCCCUGGACGACAGGAGCACGGCCCAGUGUCGGGUGCAAAUGCAGGUCGUCCAGCAACUCGAGCUCCAGCUAGCGAAGGACAAAGAGCGUCUGCAAGCCAUGAUGACGCAUCUUCAUGUCAAGUCCACAGAGCCCAAAGCCACCCUGCAGCCGCUCAACCUCGUGUCCAACGUCACAUUGUCCAAGUCAGCACCCGAGGCCUCUCCACCCCUGAGCCUCCCGCAGACCCCCACCACGCCCACAGCGCCCCUCACGCCCCUCUCCCAGACUCACUCCGUCAUCACAGCCAACAGCCUCCACAGUGUGGGGCCGAUGCGACGACGCUACUCAGAAAAGUACAACAUGCCCAUCUCCCCAGAUAUCAGUCAGAACAAGGAGUUUUACAUGAAUGCAGAUGUUAGGCCACCAUUCACCUAUGCCUCACUAAUAAGACAGGCAAUCCUUGAAUCUCCGGAAAAGCAGCUAACUCUAAACGAAAUCUACAACUGGUUCACGCGAAUGUUUGCAUAUUUUAGGCGCAACGCAGCAACAUGGAAGAAUGCAGUCCGGCAUAAUCUUAGUCUUCACAAGUGUUUUGUGCGAGUAGAAAACGUUAAAGGGGCAGUGUGGACAGUCGACGAAAUAGAGUUCCAAAAGAGACGGCCUCAAAAAAUCAGUGGAAGUCCGGCCCUAGUGAAGAACAUUCAGACCAGCCUGGGCUAUGGUCCAACUCUCUCUGCUGCCUUCCAGGCUUCAAUGGCAGAAAACAACAUACCUCUAUACACUACUGCAUCCAUUGGAAGUCCCACACUCAACUCCCUGGCCAACGCCAUCCGCGAGGAGAUGAAUGGAGCGAUGGACCAUGAAAACAGCAACGGGAGUGACAGCAGCCCGGGACGCUCGCCCCUGCCAGCUAUGCAUCACAUCAGCGUUAAGGAGGAACCACUGGACCCUGAAGACCACGACGGACCCCUCUCCCUGGUCACAACCGCCAAUCACAGUCCGGACUUCGACCACCACAGAGAUUACGAUGAUGACGUGGGCCAUAACGACAUGCUGUAAGGCCAGGGACGGAUGCGGACCUUCUGGAAGACGGAAAUGCUGGACUUCAGUCUCUCAAGUGUCUCUCCAAGCAGACUGACGUUUUAGUGCCAUUACAAAACAUAGCAAGAAAGUAAAAAUGUGGGAAAAAUGGAGGGGGGGGUCUUUUGAGUUCAGAUUGCUUUCUACCUUUUGACUUCAGUAACCUCUUAAAAAGUGAAGACAAACGUUGUGGAUGGAUCGGCUUGGUACCGGGGAGGGGGCGGGGACGAAAGUGUUUGAGGUCAAACCCUCGCUGGGCAGCCAUGACGGACUGCACUCAGCGGACUGUGAGAGGGUCUCUUUACUCCCCUCCUCCCAACACCACACUCUGCCACCCUACUCUCAGAAACACAUGUGACCAUAAACUGAAGAGAGAGAAAUAAAGACAAGACAUUUAUUUUCACGGUGUAUGGGCGUGUGUGUGUGUGGGCGUGCACCCACGCGUGCGUGUGUAUUUGUGUGUGUGAAGGAGAGCGAAUGAGUUCAUUGUCACUGCCUUCAUCAUGUUUAAUUCCAUCAAAAAUGGGAGGGACCUUUUUCUUUCUUUGGGAGGUGGGAGGGUCCUUUGUUGGUUUUAAGAGGAAGGGUUCUAAAAUGUCAAUUUAUUCAAUGCUGUUUCACAUAUUGCAUCUUUAUUUGUGAUUAUUUUUUGAAACUGAUCAGACCUCAUGCCCGUGCUGUGGAGAUUCUGUGCGGUCGCCACUUGAUGAUGAAUGUUUUUAAUUUCUUCUCAUGCUGUUCUUUAAAAAAAGAAAAAAUCUACACACAUUAAGCAGAAUGGUAGAUACCAAGUAGUAUUUUUCUGUCAUUUAUUCCAGUUUCUUUCCAAACAACAUAAAAAAAAGAAAAGAACAGAAGAAGAAAAGCUGCCCUCCUCUGCGUCUCUGUCCCUCCUGCUUGUGAAGUCCAUCAGCAAUGCACUACUCGUAAUGAAGGCUCUCUCCAUGCUUCAAUGAAGUUUAAUUUAAGAUGCGAAUGAAUGACAGAGAAAUCAUGCAGGUUAUGAUUUAUCCUUAUGAAAUUAUUCUUUAAAACUGCCCCUCAUAGCACAUUGUGCUGAGCUGCAACACAAUUUUUGAUCACUUACAAGGUGUCUUUUUUUCUUUUUCUCUUCUUUUUAAGCCAAAUGAAAAUGAUGAAAAUGUCAGGUGUGCACUGGCAAAGAUAAUGAUAUAGACCAACUAAUUGUGAUUUCUGAACACAGCCACUGUUGUUAAUCAAAUGCAUCUGCUUCCCCCUGUGCAAGUGUUUCACGCGCCUGUUUCCCAUUGUUUUUACAUAUCACGUGCACGACUAGUCUCGAGCGUUAAUAAUACGCAACCUCAGAUGGAACACGGAGAGUAAUGAUCCCGGCGUCGGCGAACGUUUCACAUUCCAGCAUCUGACAGCAAAUAUAAAGCUGUACACCGAUGACUCUCUGUUCAGCCCCCAGAAAUGAGAAUUAGUGGAUUUGUGAUGCAGCAAAAAUAAAUUUCAUCCGUGUAAAUUAGACAUAUAGGAGAUUGUUAAUUUCAAGACUGCAAUGAACCACUUUAAAUCUUUUAUUUAUUCUUAGUUUUAGGUUUAUUUUGGGUCACCUCUGGCUUUUUUUGUGUCAGUGUGUUUUGAUAUCUUGUCAUGUGACUACCAAAGAUAAACUACAAAGUAAAUGUUGUGUGUUCCAUGUAGGCAUGGGCAGGUUGCUGGUUUCAACAUAUACUGAGGUUUUUAAAAGCAAAUUAUGUUUCCGUCGUAACAUUCAAAUGGUGUAAAGUUCUUUUAAUGAAAUACAGAACAAAGGUGAUGUCGCGCAAAAGACAAAUUCAGCUAUUUGGAAAUAUUUGAUGUUGUAAAUAUUUUUAGUUUUCCAUUUUAAAUGACAGGCAAAAAAUGUAUGACAUUAGGCAUUUUUUAAGUUCCAGGAUAUAGUGGUAGCUUCACACCAUUAUAUCUCACACCAGCCCAUGCCUCGUUUGAUGCAAUAUCAAAUAAGGCCAAAUAUUCGCCAUUCAUUCUGCCAGCCUACAAAAUCAAAACAAAACACUUCUCAAAGUGGUGUUUUCACUCUUUUUUUAUUCUUAUUAGUUUAAACCAAAGGGGGUUGAUUCAAACAGGAGAGCUGCGGUAACGCUUUGCAGUCCAAAAGUGAAUGGGAGGAGCUGGCAGGCUUGACUACAUGAUGACCAAAACAGAGAAAUCUUUUGUCUUUGGAGCCAAUUAUGUGGGAACAAAAAGUAUUUUGGUCCAUGGAAAAACAAUGUGAACAAAUUCAUGUGCUUCAGCUGGACCACACCAUGAUUCUCUUCUUUUAUUCUUUCCUGUGUUCGUAUCCUUUAAAAUGAUUGUAUAUCACUCUCACUUUUUUUUAAUUUUGUUUUGGAUUUUUUGGUCAAGACUUUAUGAUUGUGUUUAGUUUUUGUCAACUUACUGCUUUUUAUAUUAAAAAAACACUCCUGUCAACUAAUAAGCUGGGUACAAGGUACUUUUAUGGCAGUUAUUGCUUUUUGUCCUCAUUAACUGAAAAAACCUGAAGAAAGUUGAUCUGUGGUUUUCCAGAAGACAUAUUUAAUAUCCAGGCAGCUGUGGGAUGACCGGGUCGCUUCCAGCCGGGCUGGGAUCGUGAGAAUGGGGCCGAGCUGAUCCACAGAACCUCGGCCUUCGGACUCCAAGUUUGUUUGGUAUUUGUAACAACGGGGGGAGGGGUAAAAGGAAGCACUGGUAGAUUAGAUCACUCUCAGCAUGUGUAGCUCAACAUUACUAAAGAUAACAGCAUGAGAAAACAGUUAGGAUGCAUACCUCGGCUCAAACCUACAGGGAGCGAUUAGGUUCGGCGAGAAAAAUAAACAUUUUACUCAGCCUCGCUUAGCUGUGCGGCUUGCAUGUAUAGAGAAACGAAGUAAAAAGGACAGAAAUCAGAGCUUCUUUUUCUUUGAACUUUUUAAAACCAUGACUUAAUGUGAAGUACAUCACCCAGCUGCGUGUGGCGGUGUCUCCCCUGUCCAGUGAUUUUUCCUCUCUGGGCUGAUGGCUCUGUUUGAAGGGAGCUCAAAAUUCCAGUUUUGCUUUUCUCUCUCUGAGGUCACAUUCGUUCGUCUGCUUUUGCAUCAAGUACGAAAUAGAAAAAAGAAACUGCUGUAUGUGUCAGAAUAGGAGAUUGCUGCAAAUGUGUUAUGUAGUAAUCCUUGCUUUACAUCAAAAUGAAAGGGGAAAAAAAUCCUUGUGGGUGGGAAUGGGCCAGAUUUUGGAUUUUCAAAUUGUAUAUUGUAGAAAAACAGAUUUUUUUCUCUGUCACUGACCUGAGCAUUUUGUACAGUUUUCCUUCCCUGUUUGUGUUGAGCUGUUUUUUAUACUUCCUUUCAACGGUCCAACCACUGCCUUCUGUGGGUCGUAUGUUAGAGAAGGCGUGUUUCCGCUCCAAGGCGGAGGUACAUUGCAUGACUAAACCCAGGGUCACAGAGAUUUUGUGGGGAAGGUCAUAUCAUUACUAUUAAGGGUGCACUAUCUAAUGAUAUUUUCUAUGAAAUUAUUAGAAAAAAAAGUAAGAAAAAUAUGCAGUGCCAAGGUGUAAAAAAUAUUAACAACUUUUUUUUUUUUCAUGUUUCUUUUUCAGCCCCCACACAUCAAAUAUGUGUUCUCGCUCAUGUCGUGUUGAUUAAGCAAAUUUUUUUUCAUUCAAUUUCCCUAAUCUGGUCAUUUCCAGAGUCAAACUCCAAGCACAGCAGGCAUGUCACAGGAUUUACAAACGCCCUGCUAACAGUCCAUCCUCUAAAUAUCUCUCUCUCACACAUGCACACGCACACACACCCCCCUACUAAAAAUGUCAUCACUUCAUCCUUCACCAACAUCCAACCUGCCAUCAUUCCGUCCCCCCACAUUUCUCCAGUUCUCACAUCACGCUUUUGUUUCUUUUAAGAAAGAGAAGCGCAGGAGCAAGGAGAGGCGGGGUUGUGAGCACUAACCCAGGAACUGUUGUGGUGUUCUCAUCCUGCAGAAGGUGUUCAGUUUCUAUUCUUGGUUUCUUUUUUUUUUUAGACAUUUUGUGUAGUUUUUCUUUUUUUCUUUUCCCCUCUCAUAUGCUUUUUUUAAACAGAGAAAUAUGAUUAUUCAUCACUUCCAUGAGUCUGUAAACUCAUCAUUCCUUGUCUGCUGGACGUAGGCCACUUUGUUGUAGUCAGUGGCAAUGACUGACGUGAGCAUUCUAAACAUGCAAUAAAAUGCUGGUUGUUGAAAUU